ACAUGAUGCUGUGUGUUGUGAAUGUGACACGUCCCCCCAGAUGAAGAGAUUACGCCUCCUUCGCAACGCAUCACCAACAACACAUCACACAGAUCCAUGGCAGGAUGACAUAUGAUUCAGAAGCACGAGCCGGAUUAUGUUCAGGGUUAAUCCACGAUGUGGAUCAUUCCCCCGCUUUUUUUUUAUUUCCCCGUCUUUCCUGCUUUUCCGGUGUAAACGUCGCGCAGCUACGUCGCCUUCCUCGCUCCGCCCUCGACCACUGCGGAUCCUCUUGAAUCGCUUCGGAACCACACACCUCUGCAUGCGACAGUCUGACUGACACAGUCCCUCUACUUUACGCACGAUUUCCACCGCGAUCCACGGGCUCGUGUCAGGAUUUGUGCAGGUUUCAUGCAUGAGCUUCAACAUGGAUUAAUAACCUCAGCAUGACUCGCCCGGACGCUGCUUCCACACCAAACCCCACAAUGUAUCAGCUGUUGCGGACGUCUUUACUACUGAACGCCCAGUGCUGGGAUGCCGACAGUAAGCGGUCAUACCAGGACCUGUUCGAUAAGCUCGACACCAACAACGAUGGGAAGGUGGACGUCGCGGAAUUACGAGCGGGCCUCAAGGCGAUGGGUAUAUUCCGCCAGGGUGCUGCACAGAAAAUCGUCUCGUCCGGUGACCGAAACCAAGACGGGACUCUGGACUUCAGCGAGUUCACCAGAUAUCUGAAGGAGCACGAGAAGAAGCUGAGGCUCACGUUCAAGAGUUUGGACAGAAACAACGAUGGGAAGAUUGAUGCCUCAGAGAUCCAGCAGAGCCUCGCAGAGCUGGGCAUGGACAUCAGCAGACAGGAUGCACUGAAAGUCUUACAGAGUAUGGAUAUUGAUGGCACCAUGAUGGUGGACUGGAAUGAGUGGAGAGAGCACUUCCUGUUUUACCCUGGACACAAUCUGGAAGAGAUCAUUCGCUUCUGGAAACACUCCUCGGUGCUGGACAUAGGUGACAGUCUCACCAUCCCUGAUGAAUUCACAGAGGAAGAAAAGAGCUCAGGAAACUGGUGGAAGCAGCUUUCGGCUGGUGCUGUGGCGGGCGCCAUCUCUCGCACCGGUACCGCCCCUUUGGACAGGAUGAAAGUCUUCAUGCAGGUUCACUCUUCUAAGAGCAACACGAUAAGUCUGGUGGGAGGCUUCAAACAGAUGAUAAAAGAAGGAGGUCCGUCGUCACUGUGGAGGGGAAAUGGAAUCAAUGUUUUAAAGAUUGCACCCGAGACAGCAAUCAAAUUUAUGGCAUAUGAACAAUAUAAGAAAUUGUUAUCAACAGAAGGCCAAAAGAUUGAGACACACAAGAGGUUCAUGGCCGGCUCUAUGGCUGGGGCCACAGCACAGACAGUCAUCUACCCAAUGGAGGUAUUGAAAACUCGACUGACGCUGAGAAAGACCGGCCAGUUUGCAGGAGUGUUUGAUUGUGCUAAGAAGAUCCUGAGGAAGGAGGGUGUCAAAGCUUUCUACAAGGGCUACAUUCCAAACCUACUGGGCAUCAUUCCUUACGCCGGGAUAGACCUCGCUGUUUAUGAGAGUCUAAAGAACACUUGGUUGUCGUACCACCCCAAAGACUCGGCUAACCCUGGAAUUCUGGUGUUGCUGGGCUGCGGGACCAUCUCCAGCACCUGUGGCCAGCUGGCUAGCUACCCGCUCGCACUCAUACGCACACGGAUGCAGGCACAAGCGUCUCUGGACUCAUCAGACCAGCCGGCCAUGAGUUCCCUAGUAAAGAGGAUCAUAGCCGAAGAAGGCUUUUUCGGACUCUACCGGGGCAUCCUGCCAAACUUCAUGAAAGUAAUUCCUGCUGUCAGCAUUAGCUAUGUGGUUUACGAAUACAUGAAGACUGGCUUAGGGAUCUCCAAAUGACCGUGCGAGCAAAUCCAAGAAGAGGAACCUUUACUGUAUUUGUCAGACCUUAAAAAUGUCUGGAAUAACUCCAAGAAGACAGAUGGACAUGAAACAUACAGAGCAUGACUUCCUCAGCUGGCACAGGAGCCCAGCGGAUGGAAAACCGCAUGUAUCCCAGGGUUGUCCGUCAGUAGCUAAAGCAUUAAUCGAUUGUGGAGAGCAUGCUUUGAUUUUUAUCCUGCUGUCACACAUGACAGACUCCCCACAUUUAUACACUCACCAAAACAAUACUUGAGAAGCAGAAAGAACUGUACAUGAAAUAUGCAUGAAAGGUGAUUAUUGAGUGGGACUCAGCGUCUUAACAAAGGAAACAUUUUCUCUGGAGAAAGGUGGAGCUAAUCCCAUGCGACUACACAGCAGGAUUAAUGUCUGUUUUCAACUCAUUAAUAGUAAAAAUGAUACAAUGCCAGUUUACAUUUUUAGAGGUAUUUUAACACUUACACUUUAACACUUCCAAGUUGUCAACAUCUGCCCCUGUGACAGCUCCGAACAAACGGUGCUCCAAUCAGCCGCUGUCAGCAAAAUAUAAUUUUCCCUGAAAAAUUAUUACUACACUGGAAUACUGUGGGGUGUGUGUGUGUGUGUGUGUGUGUGUGUGUGUGUGUGUGUCAAAAACCCUUUAUCCACAGGCCAUGUUUUUUAUUUUAGUUUAUAUAUUAAAAUACUGUAUGUCUGUAUAUCUGUGUACAUAUAUAUUUAUACAGUAUCUUGUAGUCAUGUUAAUUUAUGGGGUGUAAUGAUGGUUAUGCAACAUGGCAGCAUUUGAAAGAAAACACUGAUAUUUUGCUAUUGGACUGAAAAUCUUGCGAGGAGCGUUUGUCUUGUAUUAUUUUUCAUUUCGACACAUUUAGACCCUCACACCAAAUACACACCUAUUAUAGGUUCCUGUUACAUUUAACAUUUCCUUCAUUUUUCUGUCACACUUUGGGAAGUUUAUAUUCACCGUGGUUGAUGACAAUCAAAGCAUUUUGUCUUUUAUGUUUUCAAGUCAUUAAAUUGUCCUGAACUUGUGGAAACUUCACAGAGAAGUUUAUAUGGACUUUGAUGGAAGGCUGAAUGUAGAACAAUGGUUCAGUGAUGUCUGGUUUGAAGAUGAUUGAGAUCGUACUGACUGAGGUGUGUGGACAGCGCCACCCACUGGUAAAUAAAGACAAAACACAUGGAACAA